CGUGUAUUCUGUUGCCUUUACGAUGUAUAUAUAAUGAAGCUGACGCCUCUGUCUACCAUUAGUGUGUAAGAUAUCUACAUCUACCGACGCGUCGCUCACAACAUGGCUUCCUACAUUUUACCUAUUUGUUUAUUUAUCGCUGCUUUAACUAUUGUCUCUGCAGUACCUGCUGAUCAAACACCUUUUGAUUGUCCUGAAAAUGAGCGUUACAUCAAAUGCGAUUUAGAGGUGUGCUUCAAGACGUGUGAUCAUUUGAAAAAUUUCCCACCAUGCCCAUCUAUAGCAGCAGGGUGCUUUAGACCUGCCUGUCUCUGUAAAGAUGGUUACCUGAGAAAUGCUGAAGGAAAAUGUGUGCCUACAGAUCAGUGUAGUUAAAAUGUAAGUUCUGUGAAAUUAAUUUGUCGUUG